UACUAUGCAUUAAUUUAUUUGAUUUAAUUAAAACAAAAUUUAUUACAAUAUAUUACAAUAUAUAAUAUUUAUAUACAUUAUGCAACACAAUAUAUCAAUUGUAACAAAAUAAGAAACAUUCAAAAUAGCGUAAAAUUUUGCUAAUGAAAUAAAAUAAAUAGGUUACUUAUUAAUUGUAACAUUAUCUUCAAUCUUGUAUAUACAUAUCUAUCCACUGACAAAUUAAAGUUAAACCUAGCUUUACUUCGUUGUAAAGAUCGUGAAUAUAUAAAAUGUAUAGAAACCGAGAAUUCACAGAAGUAAACAGCAUCUCGACAUGUACGCACACAACGUAGAAACGCGAUGCAUUUCAGCAGCAGAAACGAAAACUAGGUAGAGAGGGAUUGACCAAUAGAAAGAAACUCUAUAAGAUCACGUGGUUCACGACGCAAUGUAACCACGAGCAGGAUGAAACUACCGUCAACAGAGACGAAUGAAACGUCGAGAGAGAAGGUUAAGUUUGUUCUCAUUAAAUUGAAAGAGUAAGAAAGAACGAUAGGUAAAGAAGGAUAAAUGUAUAUACCGGUGUAAGAAAAAGAUGAAGGAUUGAAAACGAUAGAAACUUUUCGUGAGAAGACAAAGGAUACCAAGCAAGGAAAGAAAGAUAAAGAAAAGAAGAGAAAGAUAAAGAAAGGGUGAGAAUAGGAAAAGAAGAGAGGAACGGAACGAACGAGAACAAGCGGACAGACUGGCAGACGGACUUGUCCGAUUCACGACUUGCGUUCUCGUGUCUGCGUUUCAGCUACUUACUAUCCUCUGCUGCUGUUCACCAGGCACCAGAAGCGCGCGACGUAGCAGUAGAUUCAGUUCGGUGUAGAAAAAGAGAAAAAACAUAUAUAUGAAGAGGAAAAAAGAAGUAGAAAGAAAAGAAAGAGAGAGAUCGAAAGAGAGUAAGAGCGAAGCGGGCGCCGUUACGAUAAAAGAAGUUUUUCGGAGAGCGUAUUCGGGAGCGUUCAAUGGUCGAAGCAGCUAUGCGCCACGCCGUCGUAGAGCUCUUAGCUAGCUAGUUCUGACUACGGGAGGUCUCGGGCCGCAGUUACGACCUCGAGAACGAGCGGGUUCGACUCGCGAAGAUGACCAUAAUAGUCUUUUUGAUCGACACGUCGGCCUCCAUGAAUCAGAGGGCAUAUUUGGGCGGGCGACCCACGCUUUUAGAUGUAGCCAAGAGCGCCGUGGAGACUUUCGUGAAGGUAAGACAAAGAUCACCAGAGAGUCGUGGAGAUCGUUACAUGCUUCUGACCUUCGAAGAUCCGCCUCAGAAUAUUAAGGCUGGAUGGAAAGAAAAUUUAGCUACUUUUAUGAAUGAGCUUAAAAAUUUACAAUGUGUUGGACUGACAACAUUAGGUGCUGCUUUGAAACAUGCUUUGGAUGUUUUGAAUAUAAAUCGAAUGCAAACUGGAAUAGACACAUAUGGACAGGGGAGAUGUCCUUUUUAUUUAGAACCAUCAGUAAUUGUUGUGAUUACAGAUGGAGGAAAAUAUACAACUAAUAGUGGAGUUAAUCAAGAUUUCACAUUGCCAAUGCAUUCUCCCAUACCUGGAUCUGAGCUUACAAAAGAACCAUUCAGAUGGGAUCAAAGAUUAUUUUCUUUGGUACUUCGCUUAUCUGGAACUCCAGCUGUUGAGAGAGAUACAGGAUUAGUGGCAAGUGAUUCAUCUCCAAUUGAUGCUAUGUGUGAAGUUACUGGAGGUCGUUCAUAUUGUAUAACAUCUUUUAGAAUGAUGAUGCAAUGUAUAGAUUCUUUGGUACAAAAAGUUCAAUCUGGCGUAGUAAUAAAUUUUGAAAAAAUUGGUCCAGAUCCUCCGCCAUUAAAUAACGAAACGCAACACGCAGACGAUGAUGAAAAUGAAGAUGAAAAUAUUGCAACGAACGGAACUCGAACGUAUCCUCCUAAUCCAACAGUACCAGGAAAUACUGCAUGGCAUUCUUGCAGAAGACUGAUUUAUGUUCCACGAUCUGCUCAGAAAGGUUUUGCAGUUGGAUUUUGGCCAAUUCCUGAAAGUUUUUGGCCUGAUUUGAGCGCUAGUUCUUUACCACCUAGAUCAGCGCAUCCAAAUGUAAAAUUUACUUGUACCAGUCAAGAGCCUAUGGUAAUAGAAAAUCUUCCAUUUGAUAAAUAUGAAUUAGAACCAAGUCCAUUGACACAAUAUAUAUUGGCUAGAAAACAACCAACAAUUUGUUGGCAAGUUUUUGUGGCUAAUUCUUAUAAAUCAAGUGAUGUUGGUCAUCCAUUUGGGUAUUUAAAAGCAAGUACUAAUUUAACAUGUGUAAAUUUAUUUGUUAUGCCUUAUAACUAUCCAGUACUUUUACCUUUAUUGGAAGAAUUGUUUAAAGUACAUAGAUUGAAACCAACAAAUGAAUGGCGAACACAAUUUCAGAAUUACAUGAGAACAAUGCCUACUUAUUAUGCAGCGUCUCUUAGGAGAGCUUUAACUAGAAUGGGUGCACCUGCACCAUUAGCACAAACAUUAAUACCCGAUAAUAUGGAUAAUUCUUUAUCGUAUAGUGUCUUAAAUUAUUUAAAACGAUUAAAAAAUCAAGCUAAAAUUGAAUUUGAUAGACUUUGUAAUGAGGUUCUUUCCAAACAACUUGCUACUGCCAAUAUGACAAAAAAUUUAGUAAAUGGUAGUACAACAACAGUAACAGAGGGAGUAAGAGUUACUCCUAGAACUCCAUUAAAAAAAGAUUUGGUAUCACAUCCAUUAUUACAAGAUAAAUUUACAGGAUUGAGGGAUCAAUUAAAUGAGUUUGGUGGUUUUGUAGUUGGAUUAGUUAGAAACCAACAACGUGGAGCGCAUAGCUAUAGGAACGCGUUUGAUGUUCCGCGAAAAUCUCUGUUAGAUCAAGUUGUUAGAAUGCGUGCUAAUUUUCUACAACCUGGAUUAUUACACACAAAGUUACUUGAUGAUGAUUAUGUUCAUUCAAUGCCAUUGGCACAAAUGGGAAAUUAUCAAGAAUAUUUGAAACGUAUGACUCCACCAUUAAGAGAAAUAGAAAGUGCUCCAGUUAGACAACAUAUGUUUGGUAAUCCAUUCAAAAUAGAUAAAAGAAUGAUGGUAGAUGAAGCAGAUAUUGAUAUGGUUGGAGCAACAUCUUCAACUUCUAAAGGCGGUCUUAAACGUACUUUACCUACAUCAGAUGGAGGAGGAUCGUUAACUUCAAAACCACCACCAAAUAAACGUAAACCAGGUCCAAUUCCUAAAGAUGUAAUAAUACGGAGGCCGUCAUAUACACCUACGAAUACCCCACCAAGUUCGCCGAUACCAUGGGUUGAUGAUACGAAAAAUCAAGUAACUCCGACUGCCGACUCAAAUUCAGUUUCAUCGAAUGCAUUGAACUCAUCUACUGGAUCAAAUAUGUCAUAUGUAAAUUCGCCAGAAAAAUUAGUAAAUGGCCUUGCAGAAAUGCCAACGAUACCAGUUUUUGAACCAAUUCCAGUAGAACAUACUAAUAAUCACAUGGAUGCACCACCAACUUUAACACCGAUAGUUAAUAAUGUUGAUACAUCUAAAAGCGAAGUGAAAACUGAAAAGCCAGAAAGUGUUAAGAAUGAGUGUAACAAACUACCUCCUAAUGAUUGUGUUGAAAAUAGUGUGAAAGUUGAAAAUUUGAUUGAUGAACGAUUGUCUAAUCAUGUUGAAGAAAAACACGAAAAAAUAGAAAAAGAUAAAGUUUUAACAAAAAAAGAAUUGGAAGAUAUUAGAAGGCAUAAUUUGUCUGUUCGAGAACUUGUAUACAAAGAAGUACGAAGAAGAGGUACAAAUUAUGCAACACUAUUUUCACAUUUACACCAAAUUCAAGGAACUCUAGAUAUACGACUUGCAUUUUUGCGAGAUAUUGUAAAAGAAUCAUUACGAUUUAAAAGACGUAAUUUGGCAUCAUUAUUAGAAGAAUAUUUGAAAACUGUACAAGAAGAUAACUGGACUGUAAAUCAUAAAGUAAAUCACAAUGGUGCCACAAAAAUAAGUUAAUUGGGGCAUUAUUUUGAUAACAAAAAUAAGAAUUCAUUGAAUAAUGCAGAAAGUAUAAAAGGGAUACAAGAUAUAAAAAGCAAGUCGUACAUCUAUAAAGCGAUGAACGUAUUAGUGUUUAAGAAUGUAUGUUGCCAAGGCGCGAAGUGAUAAUAAUUGUUAAAUCUAAUGAAACAAAAUAGCAUUCUGUCAACCAAGGAGAUAUGAUUUUCAUACUCCUUUUUUCUCGUUUUUUCUCGUUUUGUUACUGUACAGUUGGUAGAAAUAUGUUUCAUUUUUUGUGAAAAAUCAGAAAAUGUGUGUUGCGACAAUAAAAUUUUCUCAACAAAAAUCUAAUAAAUUCAUAAACAUAUGAUUUUUAUGGUUCAUAUCUCUAAUAUAAAAAAUCUCGUAUAUAUUCGUUUAUUGAAUACUCAUAAUUUUAUAUUUAAUA